AUGUUCAUAAUUUUUUUCUUUUUUUUAUUCAGGCUUCCUAUCAUUUUUCUUUCUUUUUUUUUUCAGUUUCUUUCUUUUUCACUUUCUUUUUUCACUUUCUUUUUUCACUUUCUUUUUUCACUUUCUUUUUUCACUUUCUUUUUUCACUUUCUUUUUUCACUUUCUUUUUUCACUUUCUUUUUUCACUUUCUUUUUUCACUUUCUUUUUUCACUUUCUUUUUUCACUUUCUUUUUUCACUUUCUUUUUUCACUUUCUUUUUUCACUUUCUUUUUUCACUUUCUUUUUUCACUUUCUUUUUUCACUUUCUUUUUCACUUUCUUUUUCACUUUCUUUUUCACUUUCUUUUUUACUUUCUUUUUCACUUUCUUUUUUCUUUCUUUUUCACUUUCUUUUUUCUUUCUUUUUCACUUUCUUUUUUCUUUCUUUUUCACUUUCUUUUUUCUUUCUUUUUCACUUUCUUUUUUUUCUUUUUUUUUUUUUUCUUUUUUUUCACUUUCUUUUUUCACUUUCUUUUUUUCAAUUUCUUUUUCACUUUCUUUUCCUUUUUUUUUCCUUUCUUUUUCAAUUUCUUUUUUCACUUUCUUUUUUCACUUUCUUUUUUCACUUUCUUUUUUCACUUUCUUUUUUCACUUUCUUUUUUCACUUUCUUAAUUGGAUUUUUCUGUUUUCCUUUCUCUUUGCACAUCUGUGACCAUCCUUUUUUUUCUUUUUCACUCUCACCUCUUUCUCAUUACCGCUCACUUCUUGUUACACCUCACUGCUCUUUUCUUUUUGUGAUAUGA